GAUUUCCCUCCAACUCGUAGUCACAGUCUCACAGCCCCUUCGAUAAAUUCAUUUUAUCGUUUCGUCUCCUUCCUUCUCGCUAACCCCUAUCCAUGGCUUCCGCCGCCGCCGCUGCAAAUCGGCCGGAGCCUCACAAAUCGACGACGGCGAAGGACAGGGAUUUCCUGACCCACCUCGAACUCUACUUAGCCAAGCGCGACGGCGUAGAUAAGUUGCUGAAACUCUCGCGCUACGCCGCGAAGUUCGUCCUCUCCUCCGGCGUUCUCGCCGGCGACCUUCCGAUCGCCGGCCGGCUCAAAUCAUUCGAAUCGAGCGUCGGAGUCAGCCGGAAGGCCUUCCGUUUGGGCAAAUUCGUUCAGAACAUGAACGCCUUGCGCGCCACCGAUUUCGCCGCCGGCCACUUCCACCGGCGCCACGCCCUCUCCGCCGUCGCCGGCGGCGGCGAAGGAAUUUACUAUUUUAUCGAACAGUUCGUGUGGUUGGGAAAAGCCGGAUUGAUUAACAAACGCUAUUUGCUAUCCCUGCAAAAGUGCAGCGCCUGGUUCGAAUUCAUCGGCUACUUCGGCUGCAUAGCGUUGAAGAUGAUCGAGCUGAGGAAGAUCGACGAAGACCAGAGAUGCCUGAAGUCCUCCAUUGAGGUUUCCAAGCUUCGCGGGAUCGCCUGCGGCAACGAGGAAGCGAAGCUGAGAAAAUUGAGGAAGACGACGACGAUGAAAAGGCUGUCCAUCGUCCAAGAUUUGGCCGACGGAUUAAUGGCGUUGGCCGAUAUAAGAGACGGCAGAGGCCGGCUGUCGGCGCCAUUGCUGGUGUCCUCCGCUGGACUGCUGUCGGCGCUUAUCAGCACACACAAGAAUUGGGUUUCUUGCUGA